UGCAUAUUUAUCCGGUGAUGUAAUCUUACGCAAUGCUCCAAACACAAGGUAGUUUCCUUCAUUAAGCAACACGUAUUGUAGAAGUUAUCUGACGCCAUCAGUUGCGUUUGCACAAGUGCCUGCUGAAAGAUGGAUGAUGAUGACUUUGGAGGAUUUGAGGCAGCAGAGAGUUAUGAAUUUGGAAAUGGUGAAAAGCAGACCACAUCUCCUGCUAUUGCUUGGGCAGCAUUUCCUACAGUACCUGAAGUCCAUAGAUCUACUGAUGUUCUCCUGGAGCACUCUGUGCCUUCUUCCUGCCUGGUUCCUUCUGACUCCUUCAUUUUAUCAAGUGAUAAUUUGGCAACAGCUAUUCAAACAGGCAAGAGUGUGAUAAAUCCAGCUGCUCCUGAAGUACAGACUCAAGCAGAUAUUCCAGUUGCCUCUACAAAUAUAAUUGAAGACAAGACUUUAGCUGAUGUUGAGACAAAGAGAACAAAUGAACCCAAGAGCUGCCUUCAACAAGCUGUUGCAAACCUCGAAAUCAAGCUUAGCAGUGCUGAAGAAGAAAAGCUAAAAAUCAAAAAGGAAUUGGAAUAUUUACUGGAAAAACAUAGUGUGCUAGAAAUGGAUUUCUUGAAGGAAAAACAAGAAAAAGUGCUUCCACAUCAAGAUCAUUACAAGACACUCCAGGAAAAGCAUAAGCAGGAAUUAGAAGACAUGAGAAAAGCUGGACAUGAAGCCUUAACUAUUAUUGUUGAAGAAUUCAAGGCACUGCUACAAUCUACAGUUCAGCAGCAAGAAGCAGCUAUUGAGAAGCAGUAUAUAUUAACCAUUGAAAAGCAUUCUCACAAAUGUGAAGAGCUCCUCGAUGCUCAGCAUCAGCGACUUCUUGACAUUUUGGAAGCAGAAAAGGAGGUGUUAUCGGAAAAGAUAGAAGAAGCUAUGAUGCAGCAGUCAAAAAAGCACAAGGAAGUGCUGGACAAAUGUUUGGAUGAAGAAAGACAGAGAAGCAAGGAGUCUCUGGCAGCUGCUGCAAAGGCUGAAAAAGAGGAAGUGCAGAAAGCUGUCCUGAAAGCAGUAGAGGAGGAGAGGAGAAAUAUGGAGAAGAUUCAUGCAGAAGAGAGAAAACUUUGGGAAGCAGAACGUGAUAGUCAUAGAGAGAAAAUUGCCCAAGCUGUUUCAGAAGCCAUGCAAGAGCAAAGAAAGCAGAACCAGGAAAUUGUCAAGGAAGCAUUAAUGGAGGAGCAGAAACGAAGUGAAAAGGCAAUCGAGGAAGCAGUAAAAAGGACAAGAGAGGAACUGAUGGAAUAUAUUCAAGAGCAGAAGAGGCUUGAUGAAGUUGUUCGUCAGAGAAAUCUGCAUAGUUUGGAACUUUUCCUUUCAUGUGCACAGAAACAGUUAAAGGUUUUAUUAAAAGAAGAGCCAACCUCAGAGGAAAACAGAGACUGACGUUCUCAGUGCUGAUGAUACAGUGUGAUUUGUGAAGCUGCAAACCUCCAUCUAGCAAAUAAUGAAUAUAUUCCAGUCUUUUUGGAUUGUAUCAUUGAGUCAAGAUUGAUCUGAAAUGCUUGAUAGAAAUGUUUGUGGAUGAUGUUCUACUAUUUAUUUAUUUAUUUUGUUACUAUUAUCAGAUGGCAAAUAUGAGAGGGAAAAAAAAUCCUUGGGGAAAAAAAAAUUGGUUUAUUUAGGAUUUGUUUUAUUUGGAAUUUUGCUUUCAUUAUAUUUUCUAGUAGCCUAUAGUUGAAGUCCUAGAUAACUGCAGCAAUGAUGAAAACAUUUCCCUCUUAUGUCUCUUAUAAAUUUAGUGCCAUGUCUUAAUGUGAUUCAUCAUUACUUUUGAUAUUUUAAAAAAUGGAGACAAAUAUUUAGUUGUUUAUAGAUACAAAUCCAUCUCUAUUUCCAAAGUAUCUGCCCAAGUCGAUUUCUUCAGGUGAGCCUGAGAAGCUUGUAUAUCUUGUAUGGCUCUCCUGUAUAACAGAAGAAUCAGUACUGAAACAUGAGAGUGUUGUCAGGCAUUUAUAAACAAAUACAGCUCUAGGAACAGAAAAAUCUAAAAACUAAACAGUGCAUCUGUUUAGGGUAGCGCAAAACAUUGCCGUGACCGAUGUAUAGUAUGUAUUUUAUUUCCAUUUUACAGCACUAGUUCAAUUCCAAAAGUCAUUUUCUCAUGAAAUUACGAUUAAUGUGACUGACCUCAGUUUCAGGAAGAAGAUGUAUGUAAUUAUGUGGAGACUGAUACUGCACUGCCUCAGUGGAAUUUCUGACAGAAUAAGGAGUGCAGCUUGCUGACCUCACAUGCCCUUUCUAAGUACAUCGAAGGAAGUAAAAAAACUCCCCACUGACAUUACUGGACUUUGGAUCACUUGUAGGUCUUUCUAGUCUUGCUAGCAGCAGAUGGAGUGGAAUUUCUGUGCCUACACUCUGUUGAUUGUAGAACUGAGGCCUUAGUUGUAGAGAAGCUCUGAAUGAAAUGAGGGAAAAUAAGUGUUUAUGCUUAGGUAUAUAUAAAUAAACUAAGAAUUAUCUCUCUUAUGGUGAGCUUAUGGGCAUUUUUUAAUUGUGGUUCUUGUUAUUUGGAUGUGCUUUGGGUUUUUUUAUUUAACUGAUUUUUUUUUUCAUCGGCACUUUUAAUAAAUUGCUUUCUUAUAGUAAUAAGGAACACCAAAUGCUUGUAUAUGUAUUUGGCAGUAUGAAACAAGUAUUGCAGAAAUUUAAGGUUUUUUAUUUAAAUCUUUUUCCUUGCUUCAUUUUUGUAAUCAAACCCAAAGGUUUUGUCUAUUGUAUACACAAAGGUACACUGAAGAAAUGAACAGUGCUGGUUUUACUAGAUGAUGACAUUACCCUGCAAAUGGAUUAAAAUCCAGUCUUCCCUUUCAUACUUGAUUGACUGAACAGUUUCCAUUUUUUCUGGCAGACAAGAAACUCCUUAAGUGUUAACGAGUUGCCUACUCUUUUUCUGUUCCUAAACUAGUGAAAUGUUUUGUCUCUGUAACUGCACCAAAGAUGACAUAUAUGUCCCCCAUGGGGUUUUUUUAAUGUCGAGGUACUGUAAAAGGAAAUUAUUUGCCUAGUGCUUUGUCACAAUGUGUGUUUAAUUGUGGAAAUGUGGUGUGAGCAGAUUCCUCAAUGAACUUCUUGAUGUUGUUCUAGGUCUGUACAUGAAACAAUAUUCCUUUUUUACUAAAGACAUCCAAAUGUUCCCCUUCAAAGCUAGAGCCUUAAGUGUCCAUCAGCCUUCUUCUAAUAAAUUUGUAUUCUGACUUGCAACACUAUGCAAAAACAGUUUUUGGAGUUUAUGAUUGGAGUCAGUAAGAUUUCACUGGCAGCUGUGAUAUAUUUUUUCCCAUUAGAUCAUAUGUUAUUUAACUUCAGCUCUUGAAUAUUGUGAUGUUCACAGAGAACUGUACAUAUUUUUUUUUUCUUACCUCUGACAGUUUCUUCCUCUCUACCCUGCAAGCAAAAUUACAGACUAGACCACAGAAGGGCAAGACCAGAUUGGGAGCUGGGGUUACAUUCAAAACUCUAAGUCUCAGAGAAGAAAUUAACUUAUACAGCAAAACUAGACCUAUUGAGUAGGUGAGCUUUGCAGCAUACAAUAUCUACCACCAUCUCCAUACUUUAUCCGAAGCUUUAAAUCUUAGGGAUAUUUUUCGUUUCUAUCUAACCAUAAGAGAAUGCAGUUUGUGGAAAUCUGGGAGAAGGGAAUCGCAGAUUUAUAGAAUGGCCUGAAUUGAAAGAGGCCUUAAAGUUCACCCAGUUCCAUGGGCAGGGACACCUUCCACUAUCCCAGGUCGCUCCAAGCCCUGUCCAACCUGGCUUUGGACACUUCCAGGGAUGGGGCAGCCUCAGCUUCUCUGGGCAACUUGUGUCAGGACCUCACCACCCUUACACAAAGGAAUUCUUUCCUAAUAUCCAAUCUGAGCCCACUCUCUUUCAGUUUAAAGCCAGGGACAAGUUUGCAAAAUUCAGUCUGUCUUCCCAGAAGUUGACAUCACAUUUUUUUAAAUUCUUUUUUUAUUCCUACGUGCAGGCUGGUGAAUGACAUAGAAGAGAAAAUGGCAUGUUGUAUAUCUGCUGGGUAGAACUUGAUCUGCCUCGGAGGCCUGGCUGGUAGUGUUAAAUUUUGGCAAGACUGUAAUGAGAGGAACAAGAAACCCUGGAAAUAAUCCUCAGAAACAAAAUGCAGGAACUAGAACAUCAACAAAGCUCAUAUAAUAAACAUUUUAUCUAUAUCUUCAUAAUAAUUCAUAUUAGGAAUCAACCAUAAAUCCUGUUAUGUAAUAAAAGACAUGGGUUGGACAGUUUGUUGCGUGUAUUAGAAGUGACUUUAAAAGUAUGGCAGCCGGUAGACCCAGUGUUUAAAAUGCUGUCUUUCUGUGCUGUUAGUCAGGCCCGCUCUAUUUUACCCCUUCUACUUCAUGUGAGUUGUGUGAUUUGCAGCAAGUAGUUUGCACAGAAUUGAUACUGGAUAUUGUGGCAUCAUACGGUCUGACACAUUUGUGUUGUAUUUCUGUAGAUUUAUGUUGGCUCCUUAUCUGCUUCCACUACAGGAUUCUAGAUUGGGUCGGAGACCAGGUAUGUGCAAGUCAUGCACAAAAAGGAAUAAUGGGCAACAUAUUCUUUGUGUACUGUCAAUACUUAAGAUAUGGGAAUAUUUGAAUUUUUUCCUUGCUGUAAGAAUCUCAUUGACAAAUUACCCUUGAAUUCCUUGAAACAUUGAAUUCCUUCACUUCCAUCAUUAGGUGGCAAAACAAAGAAAAAGCAGUAAUCAUUCCAGAGGCUGAGAUCACUUCAGUAUUUUGAAUUUUUUGUGCGUCUUUACAUUGGCUUCUGAUCAGAAGUGUGUCAUGUCCUGCCAGCUCAGUAAAUGGUGAGGUUAAUUCCUGACUGUCUGAAAUCAUCCAUGCAGACAUGACCUUAGAGAGCCUAAUUCCUUUUCACACCAAAACUUCCUUACAACACUUGAGACCAACUCUGCUCUUCCUCAAUUUCCCAUGCCCACGUUUGAGCUCACAGAUUUUUCCCUACCCCUGGGAUGAAGGGAACAUGUGAUAAGAUUUUGUCUUUCUUCCUGGAAGGAAUUGGCCACCAAUAUAAAUUAUUUAUCGGGGAGACUCAUAUAAUUUAUGCUCGCUUUCAGAUGACAUACAUUGUCAUUGCAGUUGUCAAAUGGACUUAGUUUAGGUGCUGUAAACUCCAUUGCAGGAGUGAUUUAAUGGGUGGAUGAGAUUGUCUUAAUUUUUUUCUUUUUUCACGUGGACAUCCUGAAUGCUGUAAAGAAAGAUUUUAUAUCAUCUGUGGCAUUCUUUUUUCAUCAAUGGUCCAUAAGUGUGCCAAAAAGACACUGGACUGGAAAACGCUUUUUACAUGGGUACAUUUCAUGCCUUCUAUUCAAUUCAAUGUUCUUGCAGGAACUGACAAAAAAUGUUUUCUAUGCUCUGUCCAAGAAUAUUGUUCUUCUGAGGCUUCAAGAAGAUUCAUCUGCUACCAUUGUUUUCAUUGUUUAUUAAUUUUAAAGCCCACAUAAAACUAAUAGUCCUGCUGCUGAAUUAGAGUCAUAUUUGAACAGCAGAACAUCACAGAAAAACCACCCAAGUUGAAAUAUCAAGUUUUGUGUUUGUUGAGUUGCUCAGGUUUUGUAUUUGUUUCUCCUUUCAGUGAUACAUCAUUCUUGUGAUAAUAAUUAUAGUUAUUAUCCUAUGACAGCAAUAAUAGUAACAAUAUUUUUCUGUGAU